CACGCGACUCAAGCACAUCAACUACAUGAGAACAGCACAUCGUCUUCCACUCGUUCCUAUUCCUUCGAUCGAGGUGAAGGAGACUGCUAGCGAAAGACCCCAGACCACGCAGUCUAAAGAGGUGAAAACAAAGAGUAUUUUGAAGACCAGCAGUAACGCUGUGGCCUCAUCUUCGAAGUCUUCUGUGGUCAAUGCGACUACCAUCAGCUUUUCCGAUGCCAGUCAUGAAAAGCAUACGCCAAAGUCGAAGCCCUCCCGCAGGGUCCACUUCCCACAUUCGCCUGUGACUGGCGAGCGUAUUAUAACACCUCGAAACGCGCCGCCAGCCCCAUGGACACCGUCACCGCCACCGCCAAGGGCACCAAUUGGACAUCUCCGUCAUCUUCUUGAUGUACACGCGAGAAAUAUCCUUUCCAGCGAAGACACCGAUGUUAAAGCUAUUACCGACGAAGAGCAGAAGGAGAACAUCGCUCCUAUGGCUCCUGAUACUACGUCCCACGAUUUGAUGAGCACUGAAGUUACGUCCCGCGAUAUGUUGAAUAAUGAGUACAUGAGAACUGAAGACACGAAUAUCGAACAUAUGAAUACCAAUCAGACGACUGCGGAUGAUGUGAUCAGCCAUGAAGGUACAUCUGAUAUUGCACAGGAAAGCAACACGCUCUCGCAGGAUCCCUCUACACAGGAGGCAGAGCAACACCCCAUGGGUCGUGCGCUUUCUGCGGUAAGCAUGUUCUAUCCUACCCCUUCCCCUAUCCCGGUUGGCAGGACUGAGUCUCUUCUUGCCAAAAGCUGGAGAGCGACCGUGGCAAAAAACGAGGAAAAAGAGGGAAAAAGAAGCGGGCAGAGCCAGCAACGCCCACCCGCAAGAAUCCUCCUCGAGCGGCCCGCAGUGCGACCCCUAAGCGCUAAGUGGAUUAAACGUCUUGAAGACACCAUGGCUGGGCCGCCGUCAAGGAAGGUCGCCACUACACUUUCGGGAGAGACAUUGACGACACGAGAUCUGGCAACCUGCUAUACGCCGUUGGAGUGGCUGAACGACGAAGUGAUCAACGCGUACAUGGCAUUAAUUAUCGACUACUUGCGAAGAACCAACAACAACUCUGGGCGACAUGACAAGCCGCGAUACCACGCAUUCAAUUCUUUUUUCUUUUCCAAUUUGCGAGACAAGGGAUACGAGUCUGUCCGCAGGUGGGCGACACGGGCCAAGAUUGGAGGCGAGGCCCUCCUCAACGUCGACACGGUGUUUGUGCCCAUCCAUGACAAAUCUCACUGGACACUCAUCGUGGUCAAGCCGUGCGAUCGCACCAUCGAACAUUUCGAUUCCCUUGGAGGGCUCAACAAGCGCCAUGUUAAUCUCAUUAAAACAUGGCUGGGGGGGGAACUGGGGGAGGGAUUUGUGGAGGCGGAGUGGAAGGUGCUGCCGUCCCUGUCUCCCCGGCAAGACAACGGGUCCGACUGUGGUGUCUUCCUCCUGUCGACGGCGAAAGCCGUCGCCAUCAACCUGGAGCCCCAAUCCUAUGGGGCUCCAGACUCCCCACUACUGCGACAGAAGAUAGUGGGGGAGUUGAUGAAUGGAGGCCUGGACGGGGACUUCAAUCCCGUCCAGGGCCGGGGGGUCAUGCUGUGAGUGGUCGCGGUCAG